AUGAGGAUCAUUUUGGCGUUGUCCUUGCCCCUCACUGCAACAUUUGUAGACUGCUACCGUCUCGCAACAAACGAGGUGGGUAACGGAACUCCAGCGAGUUCUGAGUCUGCCGGAGAUGGUGGUGUCUCCCUUGGCUUCAAAGAUGCGCCAGUGAGAGCAAUUCAGGUUGGCCUCCAAAAGGCAAACCCUUCUACCUUCCAAGAGUUUUCGUUUAUAGAGGAGGGUUCCCCCAUUGAAAGCAAGACAGGCUCAGGAAAUGAGGCAGAAAGGCGAAACUCUACACCGGAAGGAGGCUACCUCAGCGCGAAAAGAAAGAACAUCCACGCAAAGUCUUCAGUCCAUCUCACUGAGGUUGAGGAGUUCGCAAGCGUAGUCAAGAUAUUUGUUAAUACAGUCAAGGCAGACUUCGUGUCACCCUGGCAAAUGAUGGCUCCAAAGGAGCAAACCGGUUCGGGAUUUGUCGUAGAAGGCAGAAUGAUAAUGACCAACGCUCACCUCGUAGCGGAUCAGACGCGCGUGCUCGUCAGACGGCAUGGCAAUCCCAAGCGCUUUCUUGCACGUGUCCUCGCCGUCUGCCACGAGUGCGACCUAGCUUUGGUCACUGUCGACGAUGACGUAUUCUGGGAGAGAAUAAAACCUCUUGCCUUUGGAGGAGUUCCGCAGCUGCGGGAAACAGUUGUGGUCCUCGGCUAUCCCACUGGGGGUGAUCAGCUCAGUAUCACGGAAGGAGUGGUUAGUCGCGUUGGGGUGUCCAUGUAUGCUCAUUCCUCUCUUGGGCUUCUCACGGUGCAGAUUGACGCCCCUAUCAACCCGGGUAAUUCGGGUGGGCCGGCCCUAGCUGCAGGAAAGGUGGUUGGGGUGGCAUUUCAAGGCUUCAGCGAGAUGCAAAAUGUUGGAUAUAUCGUGCCAUUUCCAGUCAUUAGACACUUUCUAAACGACAUCGCCCUGCACAAGCAGCACACAGGCAUCGUAUCUUUGGGAAUCAAGGCCCAGCCAAUGGAAAAUGAAGCUUUGAAAAGAUUUAAAGGAAUGGACACCUUGCCACCGGAGGCCCUUCCAGAAAAUGUGACGGCGUCUGGCGUUCUCGUUGUGUCUGUUGAUAAAGUUCGCCAAAGCAUCUACACCCAGGGGAAAAUCGCUCUUCCACUCUCACGCUACAGUCAGAUUCCAGAGAGUAGCCCAACAGGAAAGCGCUGCGUGCGAUACAAAGCCCACGUGAGUCCUUCAACUGCGGCAUUUGACUCGUCGAUGGCAAAGUGUGAACUGAUGAAGCCUAUAUUGCUGGGAGACCAACCGGUCCCUCGUGAGAACGACACAACUGAGCAUCAGAGGAACGUGAAGGAAAUUGCCACUAGAGUUAUUUGGCAGCCAGAAAACUGGAAACCCAGCACGGCAGCUUCUUGCAGCCACUGUCGCCACCAGCAGCUCAUACAAAGCGAGAAAAGAAAGGUUUUGCAGAACCAGAAGAAAGCGAGCCAGUCUGACAUACCAGAAGCAGCUGAUGUUCAACGUGAAACUGGGCCCAUGCAAUGGGUUAAGACAAUCGUGCAAGUGGAAGACGCUGAAGGGGUUGCUGACGCUGGGGGCAGCAGACUGCUGAGUAUAGUCGAAACUAAAGAGCAACAUCUGCGACGGGUGUCAGCUCAAGGUAGCACAAGCAACCGCGGAGUUAAUGAAGAAUCAGCACCCCAAUCCGGACAGGACGCCAGGAUGGAAAGCCCACUAUUCCGAGCCGAUAUAGGAUCAGCAACCCAAUCCGGACAAGACGCCAAGACGGCGAACCCACUACUGCGAGCCGAUACAGCAGGAGUACAGGAAAGUACAUCUGCCCGAAGCGAACCACCCACGUUGGACUUGGGAGUCCUAAAAAAAGCGGAAAGAGCUGGCGCCUUAAAAUAUACGCCAACGAAGCCUAGCCGACACGGAAGUGGGGAUGAAGAUGAUGAAAGACAGAAAGGCCAGGGUCAGCCAGACCUUCGCACACAAACAGGACAGACCCCAGUUCCGGAAAAAAGGCAAUCACACACAUCCACUAUUCGCGCUAGCUUAGAAUCCCUUCUGCGCGAGAUUUUACGAGGACCGAGCAAACUGCGCCAAGUAAGGAAUAUUUUGCGAGGCCGUGGCGGUGGCGAUGAAGGUGACAGCUUGCGGGAGACAUUUUCUGCUACCAACGCGAAGCGAAAAGCAGAGCAAACAUCCAACUCUACUGAUAAAGAGCAAAACGAAGACGCUUUGGAAAAGCGUCCAGUUGUCUCGGAACUGAAACUGGCGGGGAAGAACCCAGCUGGUUUGGCUGAAUCCAAUGAUUCAAGCCCCAACUCAACAAACAGCAGCUCCAAGGAGGUGCGCAGCGAAGAGCGGACAGCGACUGAAAACAACGCAGAAGAGAAGAGAAAUCUGGAAGAGAAAUCACAAAAGCACGAAAGCCACAACAACGAAAGGGAAACAGAGGACACAGCUCUCGCAGUUGCCGCCCAUCCUCUGGUAGAUAAUCCCUAUUUCAAUCCUGCGUUCCUCGACGAGAAAGAAUUCCUCGGCUUCCGGGAAGGUGACGUUAUCCUCUCUGUUGGAAACUACAGUAUGGAUCUGGAACGAGUCUCCUUUCACUAUGCCAUCACUCAAUACUUUAAUGGAGAAACAACAUGGGCUUAUGUGCUCCGCGAUAACCGAGUCAUCAAGAUCACAGUUCCACUGAUGACGCCAAAUUUUAAGGUCCCUCCGUUUACGUGGGACAUGAAGCCAUCUUACUUCGUCUACGGCGGGUUCGUGUUCACGCCACUCAGCAAAGUACUGCUCGCAACGAAAUUGCGUAAGGAGGCACCGCACAUGUUUGAGUUCCUUGUGCAAAAACUCGACUAUCAGGAGGAAGCAGGAGACGAAUUUGUUGUUUUAAGCCUGAUCCUUGCAUCCGAUAUUUCCGUUGGAUAUGAAGUGCCACCGUGCAUCGUCCACAGUGUUAACGGCCACCAUGUCCGCAACAUGCAAGACCUCGUGCGUUUUAUCGAAGCACAAGAUGGAGAUUUCGUGGAGCUUCAGUUGGAAGCCAAUGAAGCAGACAAGUUGCAUGUUGCCAUUGACCGAAAAAAGGCCGCAGCGAUUCAACAGAAGGUCCUGAAGGACCACAACAUUGUUUCCGACAGGUCGCCUGAUCUCAUUCGCAGGAAAAAAUAA